CCCACCCAGCUACCCUCGUCGAUAGCUGAGAUUCAGUAUCAGUGUAGCAAUGACCGAGCGCCAAUUUCUCUUUCAUUUCUGCAAUUCUUCUCCUGACUUUGCUUAAGGAAUAGUUUUCUAUUUCUGGAAUUGUGACAGGGACGUUUAUUUGUGGCUUAACGUUCGAUAUUAUGAAUUUACAGUUAUAUUUUAGCUGAAAGCGCCGUAGUCACCCGCCUGCGCAUUUCAACAAGGGAAUCACAGACGGACAGAUGUGAAACAGUCCCAACGUUUGUUGCAUAAAGGUAAAGCUCGAGGAGAAAAAAGAUUUGUCAUGUAUAAAGGAGACUGUGUGGUUUAUAUGGGGACACUUGGUUUGCAUCUGGAAAAUAACCUUAGAAAUAGAGAAUCCUGAACACUCAUUGACUGCAUAGUUGCUAUUACGUCGAAGCAUUAUUACAUAGCUGACGUUCCAUUUUCAGCACCUUGGACAACGACGAACCCGUUGGUUUCACAGUGCGACACGCCGAGAAAAAAGAUAGAUAAAUCAAGUGUUUAUCGACGGAUAUUUCUGUAUUUAUCAAUACUCCAUAUCUACGUUUAUAGCAGCGCGGAAGACUGCAUUGAUUGAUUCCAUAUCUACAGAUCCUAUAAUAACCAGGGCAACAUGGGAACUGUACUUUCAGUCUCCCCAAGCUACCGUAAGGCUGGCCUCUUUGAUGAAAUGCCACCCCCUCUGGCACAUUACACAGCUGUGCAGAACAGCAAAAAUGCCAAGGACAAGAGCCUGAAACGCCAGUCCCUCAUCAAUGUCCUGCCAUGGAAGCGCAUUGUGGCUGCUUCGGCCAAGAGAAAAGGCUCGAAAAAACUUGCAUCUGGUGACAGUCAAGAUGAAGAGACUGUGGGCACCCUCAACAGCCAAAACUUGAAGAAGUCCCAGUCCUGUGCUAAUCUUUCUGGCUUCACCCAGGAACCAGCAGUGAGCGCCAUUCCCACAUCUAAGACGACUGUCAAUGUGGCCUCCACUACAAAGAGGACCUCAAUCACUGGAUCCAUGGGCCAAGCCACCAAUGCGGGCACACCCAAAAGAGUGAUUGUGCAGGCUUCAACCAGCGAGCUCCUGAGGAGCCUUGGUGAGUUCCUGUGCCGACGCUGCUACCGACUGAAACGCCUCUCUCCUGCUGACCCGGUUCUUUGGCUCCGCAGUGUGGACCGGUCACUUCUGCUGCAGGGCUGGCAGGACCAGGGCUUUAUUACUCCAGCUAAUGUCGUCUUCCUCUACAUGCUCUGCCGUGAGGUCAUUUCUGCUGAGGUGUCCAGCGAGCGUGAGUUGCAGGCUGAGUUGCUCACUUGCCUCUACUUGUCCUAUUCCUACAUGGGAAAUGAGAUUUCCUACCCACUCAAGCCCUUCCUGGUGGAAACAGACAAGGAUGCCUUCUGGAAUCGCAGCCUGGCAAUCAUCAACCGCAUGAGUAGCAAAAUGCUUCAGCUCAACUCUGAUCCACACUACUUCACCCAAGUUUUUUCUGACCUUAAAAAUGAGUGUCAAAAGGAGGAGGAGAGCCGGCUGCUCAUUGGCUUGGAUCGAUAAGUGUGCCAUGGAAGUGGGGGGUGGGUUGUGAAUAAACAGAUUAUUUUUUUCUUUUUUAAAAAGUUCUUUAGUGUCAUCAUUAGUAUUAAAAAAAACUUUACUAAAUUGAAGCUUUGCAGCAUAGUUUUCAGGCUUAUUUGUAGCAAUGAAUGGGAUUGGAUCAGCUUUGCAAAACCCUAAUGGUCUGACCAAGAUGCAGGACACCAGUGUCUUAAUCACUAUGUCAAUAGACAAGGAAUGCCCAGACUAACUGUGCAGCAUGUUGACCUUUCCUCGAGUGAUUCCAUCCAUACACAAACAUGAGCAGCAGUCUUAUUAUUGCUUCUUGACUGUCAAUAAAGACUGUAAUCCAUUCAUUAAAGAGCCCAGGCUUGUGCUGUAUUCUUACAGUAGGGAAAUGCUUGCCAUGAUGCACACAACAGACUAAGCAGUUUGAAAAUGGGACAGUAGAGCCAAGUUAGCAACAGUCUCAAAAUGUAACAAAACCAAAGACUCAGCUUAACCUCAGCACUAGUUUGAUCUUCUGGGGACUGCAAUUUCUACAUUCAGUUAAAUCUAACACAGCGAAUAUUACUGAAUAUUUGAUCAAGUGAAAUGUGAGGACCAUGAACUGCUACUUUUGCUGGUUAAGCGAUUCUGUCGUUUACAUGGCAUCACAUUUUCGACAUGUUAUGUUUAUUAGGCAUAUCCUAGUGGCCUUUAAGAUGGUCAGGGUCUUAAACUGCUGCAGAUUGUAUGAGAUGGUAUCUCCGACCGUUGUGAGUGACUACAUCAGUUGUUAAUGACUUCAUUCUACAUGACAGUGGCAAGUGAAGAGGAGGACAUAUAUAAUGCUUCUUGUAAUGGAGUUAAAAUGAUUGACUGCACCACUUCCAUCAGAAUCUUUCACCUCAAGAAGGAGAAUUCAUCUGUCAUGUUUUCCAUGUUACUCUACCUAUUGUCGUCAUAAAAAGAACAGAAGAUCUCUAAUGGGCACAAAUCAAUGGAAAGGUAGAUAUUUUAUGUAAUUUCAACAGCAAGUACUGUAUGUUCAUAUAUGGGUGUUAAUGCAUGCUUCUUCGACCAACCACACACUCUUUAAAGAGCUUUUUUGUCAUUAUGAUUUGAAAGUCACAAUUAUUUUAAUGAAGUUCUUUUGGAAAGUGUUCCAAACUAAUGUGCCAUAAAGUCAUGUAAAGUUGGUCAGGAAAUGAACCCAAUGUACACAAAGCUUUUGUAGCCUUCUCGUUACAAAAAUAUAUUUUUGAAGGAGUAAAAGGGAAGGGACGUAAUGGAAAAACGUACAGAAGACAAUGUCACAAGUAUUUUAUAAAAAAAGAAAGAAAGAAAAAGUAAUUACUUUGUUUCCUUUAUCUUCAUAGUUAUACAAACAUGAAAUACAAAGCCCUAUUCUGAGUUUAUUCAAGCUUUAGAGUACAUACAGUAUCCAAGAAAAUGUAUUCUAAAAGGCAGGGUAAUGUGCAAAGCACAAUUAAAGGGCUAGUUCACCCAAAAAUAAAAUUGUUCUCAUCAUUUCCUCACCCUCAUGUCAUCCCAAUUGUGUAUGACAUCCCAAUCUGCUGUACACAAAGAAAGAUUUUUAAAAGAAUAUCUCAGCUCUUUAGUUCAAUACAAUGCAAGUGAAUAGUGAUUCAAAUUUUGAAGGUCCAAAAAGCACAUAAAGGCAGCAUAAAAGUAAUCCAUAUGAAUCUGUUUUUUUAAUCCAUGUCUUCAGAAGUGAUAUAAUAGGUGUGGGUGAGAAUAUUUAAGUCCUUUUUUACUAUAAAUUCUCCUCCCUGACCAGUAGGUGGCGAUAUGCUCGAAGAAUGUGAAUCGCCAAAAACAAAAGUAGAAAAAUGUGAAAGUGGAGAUUGAUAGUAAAAAAGGACUUAAAUAUUGAUUUAACCACUGGAGUCUUAUAUAUUACUUUUAUGCUACCUUUAUGUCCUUUUGGUACAAUUGUGGUACCCAUUAACUUGCAUUGUCAGGACCUACAGAUUUGAGAAAUUCUUCUAAAAAUCUUAGUUUGUGUUCAGCUGAAGAAAGUCAUAUACAUCUGGGAUGGCAUGAGGGUGAGUAAAUUAUGAGAUAAUUACAAUUUUUGGGUAAACUAUCCCUUUAAGCAUUGUUAUCAAGUACAACAAGUGUUCUGCAAUAGUUUUAAGUCAAUCAAUUUUCAAUCAAUUGUAAAAGAAUGCAUUUCGAAAAUGUAGAUGUGAUCAAAUCAGUAAUCAUCUUGUGAAUGAGGUGCUCUUGUUGUUCCUAUGAACGACAGAUAUUUUUCAUCAGCAGUUUAUCAAUAUACUGUGUUUACUCACUAUUCAGCUUAAGUAUGUGACUCGAGGACAAAAUCAGUUUUCAUUUACUACCUUUGUUAAAGAUGAUCAACAGUGAUGAAGGAGGGAGACUUUCUUUACUCCAAAAGAGCAAUGUUAAAAUGAAGCAGUUCACGGGUAUAAUAUUAAAAUUACUUGCAAAGAGGAGCUUGAAUAGAUUUCUGAGGACCUUGUUAAGCCUCUAUAAAAAGUGCAGCAGUUUUUUUUUUUAUGAAAAUUACAUGACAUACUGGCAUAUGUUAUUUACCACCUAAAGUAUGUGUCAGGAUGUAAUUACAUAAUGAUUAGUUUCCUGUAGCACACAAAAAAAAUGAUCAAAUCAACUCAGAUGGCAAGUCAUUGGUGACCUGAUUGCACUAUGUUUAUCAAUAUGUAAAAAAAACAAACAAAAAAAAAAAUGAAAAGGUUUAUGCACAUGUGAAGUUUAGAUCAUGACAGACAAACGCUAAUGGUUGACAGACUUUGAAGCCAACCUUUAUUUGUCUUUUUUCUGUUAAAUAAAGGGUUGUUGCUGCUCUUUGGGAUCACCGGCACAUUACUAUUUACAUGUUUCUGAUCAUUCACUGACAACAUGAUCCAUGUACAUUUUUCCACCAUAUUUUGUGUCUGGCCUCAUUCUCGUAAAACACUGAUGGUGCUAUAUUGAUGCAGAGAUCUUGUUCAACCCAUAAGCAAGACUUCUAUCAUUGGUUAGCUGAAUGUAAUGAAGUCUUGUACUUAGGGCAAAAAGACAACAUGCAGUGAAGUACUGAUAAAAAAGUGGCUCCAAGGUAGAAUGGGACACUGAAUAUGGUAAUGAUAACUGACAGUAAUGGGGGGUGCCUCCAUACAAUCAUGUCUCGGAGGCAACUAUGAUCUUGUCAUAGGUAAUUAAAGAAACAAAAUUGUGUUAUUAUGUUUCAUCCAAUUUUUGUGGUCGAUGUUACAUUCUUCAAAGAAAAAAAACUGUACAGCAACAAGAGAUUGGAAUUAGAUUUUCUCUCUUCCUUAUUUUUCACAUUGUGUGAACUUUGUUAAACAAAAUAAAGCAAAAAAUGAGAUGUAACUAUAAUGUAUUUAAAACAGCAAUCUGUUUCAGUAUAUGGGUGUGUAUGAAUGUGAGUUUGUGCAAUGACUUUUGGUCAAUUCUUCUACUUUAUAUAAAAAUGUGCAU